CGAGCGGAGCGGAAGCAGUGUUAAACAGGAAGUGUAACAUCUCUGCCAAUGUGAACAGGUCGUGGAGACAUUUAAUCAUAUUUUAAUGACUUUCAACGUUAAGGUUUGCUUGCAAGUUGGAACACAUGGCUUGCUUUUUUAGAAGAAAAAUCGCUGCAGAGCUGGCAAAGACGCUGCAGCAGUCUGAGGAUGCCCUUCUACCUGCUCUGACUGCUGUUCCAGUUUUCAAGAAGCAGCAGAGUGCUGAUUUCAAGCUGUCUCUGGGAGCAUUAAGAAUCAACGGGAUUCUGCCUUCCAGUGGGGAUAUUCAGCUGCAGACAGAAAACCUGGCUGCGCAGCUAAAGCCAGACAGUGUGGUGGAAGACAUUUCAGUUGGACCCGGGUUGAUUAACUUUAAAGUAAACCGCAGCCUUCUUGCUGAGAAGCUGUUGGAGCCCUUUGGGAAAGGCGAGGGUUUUAAUUUUGGGUUAAAUAGCGACCUUUUUGAUACUUCAAAGAGAGGGACCACAUUAGUGGAGUUCAGCUCCCCAAAUAUUGCUAAAAAGUUUCAUGCUGGGCACUUGCGCUCAACAAUUAUUGGUAACUUUAUCGCUAACCUGAAACAAUCCCUCGGUAACAAUGUUAUCCGAAUGAACUACCUCGGAGACUGGGGCAUGCAGUUUGGUUUGUUGGGAGCUGGGUUUAACAGUUUUGGAUCCAUGGGAAAAUUAAAGGAAAAUCCCUUACAGCACUUGUUUGAGGUUUAUGUUCAAGCAAACAAAGAAGCAGAGCACAGUGAGGAUAUGAAACAUGCAGCUAAAGACUUCUUUAGACAGCUGGAGCAACAUGAGAGCCAGGCCAUGUCAUUAUGGCAACAGUUCAGGGAGAUCACAGUGAAGGAGUAUCAGCACAUAUACAAGAGGUUAGGAAUCCACUUUGAUGUGUACAGCGGGGAGUCCUUUUACCAAGUCCAAACCCAGGAGGUGGUCCGGGAACUGCAGAGCCGAUGCCUGCUGAAAAUCUCUCCGAAGGGGACUGGCGUGGUUGAUCUCUCCCCGAAGGAAGACAUGAGCAACAUCUGUACGUUAGUCCGCAGUGAUGGGACGACCCUCUACAUCACCAGAGACAUCGCUGCAGCUAUCAGCAGGAAGGAGAAAUACUGCUUUGAUGAGAUGAUUUAUGUGACAGACAAAAGUCAGGAGAACCACUUCAACCAGUUGUUCCAGAUUCUCCUGACAAUGGGACAUUCUUGGGGUGAAAGGUGUCGCCUUGUGUCCUUCGGCUUGGUGCAGGGCAUGAAGACCAGGAUGGGUGAGGUGGUGUUUCUGGAGGAUGUGCUAGACGAAGCACAGGCCAGAAUGCUCCACAACAUGAACCAGUCCAACACAACUAAGGAAUUGGAAGACCCGAAAGACACAGCUGAGAAAGUGGGAAUCAGUGCACUAAUAGUUCAGGACUUUAAAGGUCACCUUCUGUCUGGUUAUAAAUUUGACUGGGAUCGGAUGCUACAGGCUCAGGGCGACACGGGCGUCUUCCUGCAAUAUACACACGCCAGACUCUGCAGUUUAUUGAGGCGGAAUGAAGGUGUGGAGGAAGCUACGUUCAACCCUACCUGCCUAUGUGAGCAGACAGGUAUCACCAUUCUGCAGCACCUCCUACGUUACGAUGAAGUGUUGUAUAAGUCAAACCAGGACCUGCAACCCAAACACCUUGUCAACUUUUUACUGAAGCUGUGCCACUUCAUUGCUUCAGCACACAGAGAGCUGCCAGUGAAAGGAAGCCCUCCGGAAGUUGCACAGGCAAGGUUACGACUGUUCGGUGGAGCAUGCUCGGUUCUGGCCAGCGGCAUGAGAAUACUGGGUAUCACACCAGUUCAAAAGAUGUGACCUUUAAAGUGCUUUGCCAGGGGUUGAGGUAUCCCUUUUUAUAUACACUGUGAAUACAAGGUCCUAUAUUUUACAAAUAAAAUUACCUUCCUUAAAGGAAGUGGAAGUUAAAUGACACAAA